AUGCCCACUCCCAAAGUGUAUCUACGAGAGAAGCGACAGAAGCUGAGACUGGAGCAAAGCCUUGGGGUGAUGCUCCAGGACCAAGCCCCUCCCCACGAACCUCUGCUGUCCAGAGCUAUCCAGACGCCCCAGCCUUGCCCCAGGCCACAGAAACACUUCACCAAAGCCCCCAGAGACCCGGCCACCACCUUUGCGCAUGCCCCCCGCCGCCUCUCCUGCAGCCCUUUCUUCUGCCCUCCAGCGCAGGCUGCGGGAGGCCUCGAGGUGUCUGCUUUCAACCCUGCCUGGCCUGGGGGUCCUGAAGCUCAGCCCCUGCCGGGCGGGCGCCCCUCCUUCAGCCGCCUGAGGGGGACGCAGACUCCUCCCGCGCGGCCCCGGGCGCGGGGAGCGGCCGGGAAACUUACCUGCGCGGAGCGGCUCCCGGAGCUCCCGCGUCGCCGUCAGCCGCGCGGCCGCCGCAGCAUCGCCAGCAGCCGCCGCAGGGCCCCCGCCCGCCCCGGCAGCGCUGUCCUGUGCCGCACUUUUCCGAGCCUGGGAAGUCGGCGGAGGGCUCGGAGGCCACCAGAUCGUCUUGAUAAGAAUUCCAGGUUUUCCCCUCGAGCGGUUCUGAUACUAUCAAUUAAAAGCAAUGGCCUUGGGCAGAGCGCUCAGGAGGUGGGGAGUGCGCGGGCAGGCGCGCAGAACCUCAAGAAUAAAGGUAUUCCAGGUAUAAGCACCCAAAGAGACCCUCUUUCCCAUGGGCAACUCCACGCCCCUCGCCCUACAUCAAACCAUCACAGGACGCGAGCGGGAAGUGUCCUCUCCGCGUCCAGGCGCCCCACCUCUCUGACCUGGCUACGCACGGGAUGCUCCCCGGAUCGCCGGCGCGCCCACACUGGAGCCGGCCACCGCCCGGCGCGGGCGCAAUGGAUGGCCAUCACCGCCCACCCUCACGCACGUUUGCGCGCAGGAGAAAAAAAAAAGAAAAAGAUCAAAAACUCAUACAGUUCUCCACCUGCCGGUCCUUCCUGGAUUUGGGCCGAGCCCGGGGACCCCUUCCAAGCCUAUAAAGUCUGUGAAGGACCGCUGGCGGGAAGCGGCCCCGGGGACUCAGGUGAAAUGAGUCUGGAGCUGCGCUCAGCGCAUCCUCGAACUGGCCCGUGGGGGCUGUGUUUGACCCUGGGGGCGAAACUACGGGUAAAGCAGCCUCCGCCAGAAUUUCAAAAACUCCCUGCAGGCCACGGAAUGUUUUAUGCAUCAGAAAGGAAGGCCGGGAUUCAGGUCACUGGGACUGGAAGCCGGGGAAGGGCUCGGCCAGCAGGGCGGGGGGUUGGGGGGAGGGCAGGCGGGAGCAGCCUGAAGCCAUCCAGGCCUCCCGUGCGGGGCUGCGGGCUUUUUCCCCGCCAGCCACUCACUGCUUGCUCGUCCUGUCUCUUUCAAGGAAAGCACAGUCCUUUUGCUCCCUGGCACAGCCCUAAGCUAGGGCACUGAUUGCGGAAGCUAUAAAGAGGCAGGCUCCUGCCCCUGGGAAGGGGGAUGUCGAGCCUUUUCAUGUGCUCCAACCCUGCGCAGUAGCCUCCAGCGAGGUCGGCCCCUCCGGCCUGGAGCUGUAGUGGAUUGUGACUCCGAUCCCGGGGCUCUUGCACCCUCGUCUGUUUUUGAUUUGUCGGACUUUUCAUGGGGCACCCACCUUUAAUGCCUUGAAUUUAACGUGGUCAAACAAAACAAAAAUCAGUAGAACCAGCAGAUCGAAUACAGAGGAGGGAUUGAGUGGUGUCCCUCCACCAGCGGCUCCACCACCACCUUGUGAUUUCUAAAAAGCAACGUCCAGAUCCCUGCCUGGCCCUUUUGGGGAGUCACGCGCUUGAGAACACUUGUGAAAAGCUUCAGGCAUGGCCUCGAGGACUAGGCGUUCUGCUUGCCCACUCACUGACCCAGAUAAAAAUUAGUCUGUAUUUUAUACACAAGGCACACAUCAGGAGUACCCAGAAUAAGUCCAUAUAAGUAAGCCCACAGGAAUGUCCCCAGACUACGUUACCUGUUAAUAUAAAUGUAAAGCCAAGAUUUCAGAUUGAGCGUCUAAAUUGAAACUGCUCUGCAUAUGUUACGCAUCUGGCUGAGACACUGUGAAAAUCGAACAUUCAAUAAUUCUCAAUGUCAACGUAAGGUUCCUGUGCCAAAAAAGCAAACUGCUAGGCUGGAUCUCUUUUCCCCACCCUCCCCCGCUCUUUGUAGAUUUCCUGCUGAAGUAUUGAUUGCCAAGGUCUCUGCAAGAUUUGCAAACUUUUACGGUCAUUUAUGAUGCAUGCAAUAAAAAAGAGGUGAUAUGAGCAUGCUAGUUCAAGGUGUAAUGCAAAGAUGUAUUCGGUGCCCUUGGCAACUAUCUGUGGGACCUGUUUGUCUUUGCAGAACACGCCCUUCUCUGCAAUGAACCCCUCUGUGACAAAGAGUGGCCCUUUACAUUUGCAGGGCCUUGGCCCCUCAGUGGAAAGACACGUGUUCAAACCAGAAAAUUCGGUUAUUUCAACCUCAUUUCAAACCAGGAAAAAAAAAAUCUAAUCAAAACUGUGGAGAAAAAAAGAAGAAUCUUUUUAAAGCUUCCUACUUCCCUACUAUCUCCUAUCAUAAAGAAAAAAAGAAAAUCGAUUACCGAGUUAUAAUGCAAUCUCUAUCUGCCCCGUGUAUGACAGGGAGCCACAGCACCUUCCCCUGUGAGAAAAUAAAAGGACCGAGUUUACACAGAGACAACACACCAUUUUAGACUGCACGUGCCCAAAGGAGAAAGAAAAAAAAAAAUCUUGAAGUUUUAUGUGAAAAUACACGCCUAGUUAAAUACAGAUUGGUUGCUGGAUUUGUUUUACAAUUUUUCAAUAAAGAAAGUAAAUACGCAAGAAGGCUGUUGUUUUACUCUCUAAUUGUAGACAGAACC